AUGUUCGACAUCACCCGAAUAGUAGGCACACCAAAAUGACGUGGUACUAAGAGUUAAGGCUGACAUCUGCAGCUCGCCAGACUCAUUCCUUCGCAGGGAACGCGUUUGGUCGCCCCAAAGCUGAUAUUGUUCGGUUGAUCGAUUCGCCACCGGCCAUGGCUGCCUUGAUUCGCGGGUUUGCCUCUUUUAGACACCACCAAUACGUUUCUUGUCAGAUGCUCUGGUCGUCCCAACAUUUGUCCUCAGAAGUCGACCGCACCCUCGUAAUCAGGGAAAAACGGCGAUCGAAGUCCUUCUCGGCAAGAAGCCUAGUCUUACUCACCUUCAGCCAUUCGGAUCUACGGCAUUUGAAAUAUUUAUGUUCCCAAGGAACGUCGAACCAAGCUGGCAUCUCGUUCCAUUCAGGGGUUGUUCAUCGGGUAUUCCAGAGAAUACAACUACCAUGCCGGAGUCCAAUCGUCGAACGAAGCCUACUUCGCCGUACCAGGUGAGGCGCCGCUGGUUUUUCGUUCGAUCCCUUCAAGCGCGGCCACCGGCGCGAGUCGCGGCGCUUUUGUCGAUGUGCACAUCAGUUGCCUCGCAGGUGAUAUCUCCCUAGAUACGAAAGCUUGA